AUGCACCACCAAAAUUUCUUUUCAUGUGAUUCACAGAUCAGCUUAAUUUCACUAACGGCAACGCGCCGCCGUCAUCUUCCGCCGGGGCCGCCGUAUCAGAGUAAAUUACGUAAGGAGUCAUGGAGGAAUUUCCAGAUGAACUCCGCACUCCGCCGAUCGCUCUGGUGACUCUGGUGGGGUGUCCGGAUCUGCACGCACCGAUCACGGCGCACCUCCAUGCGGAGCAGCCGCCGAUUAACUCUCUGGCGCUACCCGAUUUCUCAAAGAUCUCGAUACUAUCAAAGCGUGCGAAGGAAAAUUCAGCCCCAGCCCAGCCAGUUGGUGGCAUAUUGAAGAGAGAUUGGCUUUCCAAGCACAGGACCAGAGUCCCUGCCGUUGUGGCCGCCAUUUUUGACUCCGUUCACGUCUCCGGGGACCCGGCUCAGUGGCUUCAGGUCUGCACCGAUCUUGAAAACCUCAAAGCAGCAAUCCGAGGAAGGAAUAGCAAAUUGGUAGUGGUGGUUGUAUCUCAUUCCAAGAGUAAAGAUGAACUUAGCGAAGACCGUAUGGUUGCCUUGAGAAAGCGUGCAGAGUUGGACCCAAAACACCUUAUUGUGUUUGUCCCAGAUGAGCCAUCAAGGCUACAACACUCCUUAAAGAGGCUGGGAAGUACAUUUGCAGAACUGGCAAAUGGAUACUAUAAAGAUGAAGGAAGAAGAAUUAAAACACGCCUUGAAAGGAGAAACUAUCCAUCUGUAGAGUUAAAUAUUCGAUAUUGUUUCAAAGUUGCUGUAUAUGCAGAAUUUCGUAGAGACUGGGGUGAAGCUUUGAGGAUGUAUGAGGAUGCAUAUCACGUACUAAGAGAAAUGGUUGCUACAUCAACAAGAUUGCCUCCUAUUCAACGUUUAGUUGAGAUCAAGACUGUCACUGAGCAACUGAAUUUUAAGAUCUCGACAUUGUUACUGCACGGUGGAAAACUUUUAGAGGCAAUAUCCUGGUUUCGGCAGCAUAAUGCUUCUUACAGGCAGCUUGUUGGGGCACCCGAAGUUACUUUUCUUCAUUGGGAGUGGUUGAGCCGGCAGUUUUUGGUGUUUGCAGAACUACUAGAGACAAGCUCUGCCACCAAUCACAAUACAUCCUCUGUAGUUUCAGGCACUGCAAAUACGCCAACAGAGUGGGAGUUCCAUUCGGCUUAUUACUUCCAGUUAUCCGCUCAAUACUUGAAGGAGAAGAGCUUAUCUCUUGAACUUGCACUAUCUAUGUCAGAGCAUUCUGAUGAGAUAGAUAGCAGUGUAGAGUCUGUGAUGGCUUCCACAUAUACUGGUCAGUUUGGAAGGCUUCUUGAAGAAAAUAUGGCUUUACAACCCCUUACUGAUGAGGAAUAUGUGCGUUAUGUUCUAUCUGAGGGGAAAAGAUUCCAAGAUUCCUAUGAAAUUAUUGCUCUCUUCAGAAAAUCAUCUGAAGCAUUCAACAACAUUAAAGCGCUCAGAAUGGCAGGAUACUGUGAACUUCAAGUAGCUAGGGAGCAUUUUUCUAUGGGUGAAUUUAGUAAUGCAAAAGAAAUUUUAGACAGUGUCACAAAUCUCUAUCGACAAGAAGGAUGGGUUACCUUGUUAUGGGAUGCCCUAUGUAACUUGCGAGAAUGCUCAAGGAAAUGUGGAAUAGUGAAAGAUUUUGUAGAAUACUCACUUGAAAUGGCUGCAUUACCAAAUUCAAGUCUUUCACAAAGAGAGACUAUACACAAGGAAGUCUUUGCAGUUGUCAGAGGGGAUGAAUCUGGGAGUGGAGAGAAUGAUAGCCUGAGAGUACAUGCUGAUAAGCCUCUUUAUAUUGAGAUUGAUCUUAUCAGCCCUCUCAGAGCAGUACUUCUCGCAUCAGUUGCUUUUCAUGAACAAAUGAUUAAGCCUGGUGCGCCAACAAUGAUUACUUUGUCUCUUCUGUCACAGUUGCCCCUUAAUGUUGAGAUUGAUCAGUUGGAAAUUCAAUUUAAUCAGUCCGAGUGUAAUUUUAUCAUCGUAAACGGUCAAAGGUCCCAUUUAGCUGCAAUUUCUUGUGUGCAGCCUGGUCGGCGAGUUGAGACAGCACCUACCUUGGAACUCAUUACCAACAAAUGGAUACGGCUGACAUAUGAGAUAAAAUCUGAGCUAAGCGGAAAACUGGAAUGCAUAUAUGUGAUUGCUAGAAUGGGGCUGUCUUUUUCAAUCUCAUGCAGAGCCGAAAGUCCUGCCUCAAUGAAUGACUUGCCACUCUGGAAGUAUGAAAACAGAGUGGAAAGCAUACCAACCAAAGAUCCGAGUUUGGCAUUUUCCGGUCAGAAAGCUGUCCAGGUAGAAGAACCAGACCCACGAGUAGAUCUAAACUUGGCAUCCUCUGGCCCAGCUUUGGUUGGGGAGAUAUUUACCAUUCCCGUGAUUAUUACUUCCAAGGGACAUGCAGUCCAUUCAGGUGAACUGAAGAUUAAUCUGGUGGACACAAGAGGUGGCGGCUUGCUUAGUCCCAGGGAGGCAGAGUCAUUCUCAAUAGAUAAUCUCCAUGUGGAGCUUGUUUCCAUUUCUAGACAAUAUCAUGAAGAUAAAUCCGUAGCUAGUUCUGAGAACAUUCAGAAAAUCCAACCCUCGUUUGGAUUGAUCCCUGUUCCCUUUUUAAACGAAGGAGACUCGUGGUCUUGUGAAUUGGAGAUUAGAUGGAACCGCCCUAAACCCAUCAUGCUUUAUGUGUCAUUGGGUUACUAUCCCCUUGGCACUGAAAAGAGCACACAGAAAGUCAAUGUUCAUAAAAGCUUGCAGAUUGAAGGGAAAACUGGUAUUGUGAUGAGCCAUCGGUUUAUGUUGCCUUUCCGGCGGGACCCUUUACUCCUAUCUCAGAUCAAGCCACCAUCAGCUUCUGAUCCCGAAGAUCAAACAUCACCUUUUCUUCCUUCGAAUGAGACCAGUUUCCUCAUUGUCACAGCCAAGAACACCACAGAGGUGCCUUUGCUCCUAGAAUCAAUGUCUAUCGAUGCAAGCAACGAGGACGCCACAAUGGGGCCCACACGUCUUGUUGCCGGAGAAGAGUUCAAGAAAGUGUUCCCGGUCACUCCUAAAGGAACUCUCUCUGUGUUGAAGAUGGGAGCAGUGGAGUUGAGAUGGAGAAGGGAUUCUGAGAGUAGCAAUAGUUCCUCUGGUCAGGUUUUGACCAAACACAGCCUUCCAGAUGUGAAAAUCGAGUCUCCUCCUCUGGUUCUGAGCUUAAACACCCCUCCUCACGCGGUACUCGGGGAUGCAUUCACCUACUCAAUCAAAAUCAGCAACAGAACGCCGCUGCUCCAGGAGAUCAGGUACUCUUUGGCGGAUUCCCAGAGUUUCGUUCUGUCCGGGUCCCACAAUGACACCAUAUUUGUUCUGCCGAAGUCCAAUCACAUUCUCAUUUACAAAGUUGUACCCCUUGCCUCUGGCUUUCAGCAGCUUCCUCGGGUCACUGUGACCGCCGUGAGAUACACCGCGGGCUUUCAGCCUUCUGUCACAGCCGCCACUGUUUUUGUGUUCCCUACGAAGCCUCAGUUCAAGCAUGCGGCGGAGACAGGAAAUGGGUAAUCUUCUGUCCCAGCUGAACAGAAAUAGAACAAUUUUUGCCCUUUGUAUACAAAUUGCACCGGCGGAUAAAGAGUUUGAAUGAUUGUGUAUUUGUCCCAUCUUUAUUGAUUGAUUUCAAUGAGAAUCUUAUAAUGCGGUGUACGUUUAGAUUAAACGUCCUUAAAAUUC